CGGGGCUCGGCGCGAGAGAGGGACGACGGAAGAGACCGGCAGGUGUGGGCGCGGGGCCGAGCAGCCCGACGGCGGGAGUCGCAGUCGCUCGGUGCAUGGGCCAGUGAGGACGCGCGGAGAUCCCCUCGCCGCGACGGAGGCGGAGCAGCGCCAAAGCAAGGCGCUGUCCGGCGACCCUGCGUCCGAGUGAGCGGAACCUUGCGCUUCGGCAGGGGACGGUCCGAAGUCCGCGCUAUGGAAGAGGAGAAAUAUUUGCCUGAGCUGAUGGCAGAGAAAGAUAGCCUGGAUCCAUCUUUUGUGCAUGCAUCGCGCCUUUUGGCGGAAGAAAUUGAAAAAUUUCAAGGUUCUGAUGGAAAAAAGGAAGAUGAAGAAAAGAAAUAUCUUGAUGUCAUCAGCAACAAAAACAUAAAGCUCUCAGAAAGAGUAUUGAUUCCUGUCAAGCAAUAUCCAAAGUUCAAUUUUGUGGGGAAAUUGCUGGGACCAAGAGGAAACUCCUUGAAGAGACUACAGGAAGAAACAGGUGCUAAAAUGUCUAUCCUGGGCAAAGGAUCAAUGAGAGAUAAAGCAAAGGAAGAAGAAUUAAGGAAGAGUGGGGAAGCCAAAUAUGCCCACUUGAGUGAUGAACUUCAUGUAUUAAUUGAAGUGUUUGCUCCACCUGGGGAAGCUUAUUCACGAAUGAGUCAUGCAUUGGAAGAGAUUAAAAAAUUCCUGGUUCCCGACUACAAUGAUGAGAUUCGUCAGGAACAGCUACGUGAAUUAUCUUACUUAAAUGGCUCAGAGGACUCUGGUCGUGGCAGAGGCAUUAGAGGCAGAGGGAUCAGAAUAGCUCCCACAACCCCUUCAAGGGGCCGUGGGGGUGCCAUUCCUCCCCCACCACCACCUGGACGAGGUGUACUCACCCCUCGAGGGACUACUGUGACUCGUGGAGCUCUUCCAGUGCCCCCUGUAGCAAGAGGUGUCCCAACCCCACGAGCCCGGGGGGCACCAACAGUGCCAGGAUAUAGGGCACCCCCUCCUCUAGCCCAUGAAGCUUAUGAAGAAUAUGGGUAUGAUGAGGCUACGGGGGUGAAUAUGAUGACCAGACCUAUGAGACUUACGAUAACAGCUAUGCCACCCAAACGCAAAGCACCAGAAGAAUGGGCCACAACCCGCUCCAGCCUGAAGGCACCACCACCAAGGUCAGCCAGAGGGGGAUACAGGGAGCACCCCUAUGGUAGAUAUUGAAGGUCCUUCUCACCCGUGACCUCACCUCAAAGACAAUUCAUAGCCUGUGGUCUCCACAUAAACAGCAACAAGACAAGUAAUAGUCCUUUUUUUUUUUCUAUUCUAGGGAUAACUGCUCAUGAUUUCUCCCAUAUAUUUCUUGUAUUUCCCCCUAUACUGUUGGUGUGACAUUGACACUAGUAUUAUUUUACAAAAUGGACUAAAAAAGACAUUGGCAAGCAUUGUCUAUAAACCAUUCAGUAGGAUGAUAUUCUCUUAGUUGUUUUUCAUUGUUGUGUGUAAACUUCUUUUUUCUUUUUUUUUCUUUUUCUUUCUUUUUUUUUUUUUUUUUAAGAAAGAGCAUGAAUCUGUUAACAGAUUUUGAGUCUCAAUCAUCUAGCAAAAACUUUGUUUAGGGUUGCUAAAAGACUGUAAUAUGAUUUUUGAACUAGCUGAUAAUAAAGUUGUAGAUAAGAUGUUUUAACCUGUCUUUUAAUAUCUGUUAGUUAGAUGAAGAUGUUCGAUAUUAAGUUUGUAAAUUUAAUUUUAAAUGCUGUUUUAAUGGAGUUGAAAACAAGCAGCUACUGUAUGUAUGUAGCUAACUGAAUUUGUUCAGUGUUUUAACCUGUAUUUGUUAAAAAAGAAAAAAAAAACACACAUAAAGUUCCAUGUGUAAGCUACUCUAAAUAGGAAACCACAAUUUGUCAAAUAUGUUUGCCAUAAUUUGUCAAUAAAGCUGAAAACUUUUGUAAAAACUAAAUUUGGAAUUACUUGUUUUCUAGCUUUAAAUGCCUGCUUUAUUUCUUCUUCAAGAGAUGCCUAAAAUGUUUUCUAUUUAAAAAUUACAAAAAUGAACCCAAGCUUGUUUUAAGAUAUUUGUGUAAUACUUAAAAAUGUAUUAAUAACUUAUGGUUGUUAAAUAAUUUAAAAGUUAACAAACUAAACUGUUACAUGAAUCAUGGUUAGUAAACACUAAUGUAUAACAUGUUAAUGGAAA